GCGCAGCGGCGGCGGGCGCAGCUAGCAGGUCGGCUGCGGAGCGGGGGUGCAGCGCGCUUUGCCCCCGUACCCCUCCCCCUCGGACGCAGCCCCACCCCUCCGCCCGCCGGGCCGUCCCAGCCGAACUAUCCCCUGCGGCGCCAGCGCGGGGCGGCUCCGGGCGCCCCCAGCAGACCCCCAUCAUGGGCAGCCAGAGCUCCAAGGCUCCCCGGGGCGACGUGACCGCCGAGGAGGCAGUGGGCGCUUCCCCCGCGAAGGCCAACGGACAGGAGAAUGGCCAUGUGAAAAGCAAUGGAGACUUAACCCCCAAGGGUGAAGGGGAGUCGCCACCCGUGAACGGAACAGAUGAGGCAGCUGGGGCUACUGGCGACGCCAUCGAGCCAGCGCCCCCUAGCCAGGAAGCUGAGGCCAAGGGGGAGGUCGCCCCCAAGGAGACCCCCAAGAAGAAGAAGAAAUUCUCCUUCAAGAAGCCUUUCAAAUUGAGUGGCCUGUCCUUCAAGAGAAAUCGGAAGGAGGGUGGGGGUGAUUCUUCGGCCUCCUCACCGACAGAGGAAGAGCAGGAGCAGGGGGAGAUCAGCGCCUGCAGCGAAGAGGGCACUGCUCAAGAAGGGAAGGCCGCCGCCACCCCUGAAAGCCAAGAGCCCCAGGCCAAGGGAGCAGAGGCUAGUGCAGCCUCCAAGGGAGGAGACACGGAAGAGGAGGCAGGGCCCCAGGCUGCAGAGCCAUCCACUCCCUCGGGGCCCGAGAGUGGCCCUGCAUCAGCCAGCGCUGAGCAGAAUGAGUAGCUGGGUGGGGGCAGGUGGGUGAUCUCCUAAGCUGCAAAAACUGUGCUGUCCUUGUGAGGUCACUGCCUGGACCUGGUGCCCUGGCUGCCUUCCUGUGCCCAGAAAGGAAGGGGCUUGUUGCCCCCUUCCAGCCACGUUCCCUCCCUCCUGUGGAUUCUCCCAUCAGCCAUCUGGUCUUACUCUUAAGGCCAGUUGAAGAUGGCCCCUUGCCGUUUCCCAAGUUAGGUUAGUGAUGUGAAAUGCUCCUGUCCCUACCUCCUUCCUACCUAGGCCCCACCCCUGCAGAAGGCAAUUGCUGACUUUUCUCCCAAUUCUUUUCCAAGUACGUUUUGUUUAUUCUACUUCCGAAGCCCCUGAGCCAGAAGUGGGGGCUUAUACUCCCAAACCCUGAGUGUCCAGCCUUUUCCCUGUUGAGUUUUUAGUCUCUUGUGCUGUGCCUAGUGGCACCUGGGCUGGGGAGGACAUUGCCCCUGUCUGGGUUUUAUAACUGUCUUACUCAAGUUCAAACCUCCAGCUUGUGAAUCAACCGCCUCUGACUGGAUAGGCAAGUAUUAGGCUUGGGGCGGGAGGAAGGUCUGUGAUGUGAAACAACCUGUUGUUGUCUUUCCCUCCCAUCGUUGUAAAUAACUUUUAAUGGCCAAACCCCAGAUUUGUACUUUUUUUUUUUCUAACUGCUAAAACCAUUCUCUUCCACCUGGAUUUACUGUAACAUUUGGAAAAAGAAUAAAUGUUGUCCCUUUAGUGGUGA